AUGAAGAGGCCCUAUCAGCUUGUGGCCUACAAAGAACCGUUUUUCUUGACAUUUGAAGUCCUCUGCAAAGAAGAAUUUGCAGUGGAGUUACUUCGAGUAUCGAGUACUGUUGAUACUAAUCUGCAACAGCUGUUUCCAUCUCGUAUCACCGUAAUUCAUGACUGGAAAGAGGGCAAAGUCGCAGAGCUCGUCACGGUGGUGGACAAAGCAGCAGCGUAUGUUGAUGAACCGUUUUUACUACAGUUCAAUUAUUAA